UCUUUAAGAGCUGUCAAUAUUCGCUCCUUGCUAACCUCCCGCUGUCUGUUAUUUUCUGCAACAAGAUGGCUGUCGCUCCCGAGAGCAGAGUCCUCACUUUCAGCGUUUUUAAAUGGAGCUCUUACUCGUCUACAUAUUUACCUGAGAAUAUCUUGGUGGAUAAACCUAACGAUCAGUCCUCCAGGUGGUCUUCUGAGAGCAACUAUCCUCCACAGUUUUUAAUCUUAAAAUUGGAAAGGCCAGCAAUUGUUCAGAGCAUCACCUUUGGGAAAUAUGAGAAGACUCAUGUGUGCAACUUGAAGAAGUUCAAAGUGUUUGGUGGGAUGAGUGAAGAAAACAUGACCGAGCUUUUGUCCAGUGGCCUUAAGAAUGACUACAACAAGGAAACGUUCACCUUAAAGCACAAGAUAGACGAGCAGAUGUUCCCCUGCAGAUUCGUUAAAAUAGUGCCUCUGAUGUCUUGGGGUCCGAGUUUCAACUUCAGCAUCUGGUACAUUGAGCUUCAUGGAAUUGAAGACCCUGAUGUGGUGCAGCCCUGCCUUAACUGGUAUAGCAAGUACCGAGAACAGGAAGCCAUCCGCCUUUGCCUCAAGCACUUCCGACAGCAUAACUACACAGAGGCCUUCGAGUCGCUGCAGAAGAAGACUCGAAUAGCUCUGGAGCACCCCAUGCUAACCCACCUGCACGACCGACUGGUGCUGCAAGGAGACUUUGAUGCCUGUGAGGAGCUGAUAGAUAAAGCUGUGAGAGAUGGCUUGUUUAACCAGUAUAUCAGCCAGCAGGAGUACAAGCCCAGGUGGAGUCAGAUCAUCCCCAAAUGCAACAAAGGUACAAGCGCCCAAGAAAUCAACCGAGACGACAUGAACAGUGAUGGUGACGACAACAGGCCAGGGAUGAGGGGAGGACAUCAAAUGGUCAUUGACGUCCAAACUGAGACGGUGUACCUGUUUGGAGGCUGGGAUGGGACACAGGAUUUGGCAGACUUCUGGGCUUACAGUGUGCAGGAGAACCAGUGGGCCUGCAUCUCCAGGGACACAGAGAAAGAGAGUGGUCCGAGUGCUCGCUCAUGCCACAAGAUGUGCAUCGACUCACAGCGGCGACAGAUCUACACGCUGGGCCGAUACCUGGACUCCAGUGUCAGGAACAGCAAGUCACUGAAGAGCGAUUUUUAUCGCUAUGACAUAGACGCCAACACCUGGACGCUACUCAGCGAGGAUACGUCAGCUGACGGAGGGCCAAAGUUGGUGUUUGACCACCAGAUGUGCAUGGACUCUGAGAAGCACAUGAUCUACACGUUUGGGGGUCGGAUCCUGACGUGUAAUGGAAGCGUGGAUGACAGCCGGACGUCCGAGCCGCAGUUCAGCGGCCUGUAUGCAUACCACUGCCAACUGGGGACGUGGAGCCUCCUGCGGGAGGACUCGUGCAAUGCUGGCCCAGAGGAUGUUCAGUCCCGUAUCGGGCACUGCAUGCUCUUCCACACUAGGAACCGCUGCCUCUACGUGUUUGGUGGUCAGAGGUCAAAGACGUACCUCAAUGAUUUCUUCAGUUACGAUGUGGAUGGAGAUCACGUAGAAAUCAUAUCUGAUGGCACCAAGAAAGACUCUGGGAUGGUGCCGAUGACGGGCUUCACCCAGAGAGCCACCAUCGACCCUGAACUCAACGAGAUCCAUGUCCUGUCCGGCCUGAGCAAAGACAAGGACAAACGCGAGGAAAAUGUGCGCAACUCCUUCUGGAUCUACGACAUCGCCCGUAACAACUGGUCUUGCGUGUAUAAGAAUGAUCAGGCAGUGAAAGAAAACCCAAGCAAGGCUCUGCAGGAGGAGGAGCCGUGUCCACGCUUUGCUCACCAGCUGGUCUACGAUGAGAUGCACAAAGUGCAUUACUUGUUUGGGGGAAACCCCGGGAAGUCUUGUUCUCCUAAGAUGCGCCUGGAUGACUUUUGGUCCCUCAAACUGUGUCGGCCCUCCAAGGAAUACCUGCUCCGCCACUGCAGAUACCUCAUCAGAAAAUACAGGUUUGAAGAAAAAGCGCAGUCAGAGCCACUGAGUGCACUGAAGUAUCUCCAGAACGACCUGUCCCUCACUGUAGACCACACAGACCCGGAUGAGACCAAAGAGUUCCAGCUGCUGCCCUCCGCGCUCUUCAAGUCCAGCUCUGACUUCAUCCCUCUUGGUUUCUCAGACAUAGACCAGACGUACGCUCAGCGGACACAGCUCUUCGAUACGCUCGUCAACUUCUUCCCAGACAGCAUGACUCCACCUAAGGGCAACUUGGUAGACCUUAUCACGCUCUAGCCCCUCCCACUGCACUGACUGAACGCCCACCCGCACACACCGUGUGGAGACAGAGACCAGUUAUUUUUCUAUUCUGGAGCGCCCCCUGCUGGUGGGAUUACACUUCAUCCACCUCCACCCCACUGAUCUGCUGCUAUCACAGGCUGCAUUACCAUGACGAUGAGGGCAGCAAACACACACACACUGCUGUCCUUGUUGAAUGCGUGAAAUUUCUACAACAGCCUGAGGGGGUGUGUGUGUGUGUGUGUGUGUGUGUGUGUGUGUACACAUAUGUGUGCUUUUUUUCCUUUCGUUGUCUUGCUGAUGAAGAUUGCAGGAGCAUGCCAAGCCCAGUGCAUCACUUGUUUUUGGGGUUUUUUGUUUUUGCUUUUUUGUUGACGCGAAACAAAAAAAUUUGCACAUUUGUUUGCAGUCUCUUUUUGCUGCCUCUUCCUCGAUCUGUGCGUUCAGAAUCAGCCACACAUGUCCAUUCACAUGUUUACAUCAAACAGCUGAGGAGAUGACAUCUGAGGCCAGUUGUUAAAAAGUUAAGAUUGUGUUGUUGUUUUUUUUUUUUUGUUGUUGUUUCUCCUAUAAAACUACUUGUCAACUGUCAUUUUAAUGAUUUGGUAAGCUGGCUUUCCUGCAGCACCUGCCCCUAUUUAUGACCGUGACGGCCGCACAGGCUGAAAAAAGUCAGCAGUUUUAAGCAUCGUAGGAGCAAUAGAGGAAUGAUUAUAUAAGAUAAAGUUUAAUAUAUAUAUUAAGUAUAUAUAUAUUUAUAUAUAUAUUGGUUUUGGUUGCUAUCCCUGUAAAACUGGCUGAUAACAGUUAAAUUAUUGGACUGUCAUUUAAUUCUGAGUGGAUGUACAGAAUAUGUAAAUAUACAUAUAGGAAUUUGCUCCAAGUGUCCUGGACUUGUGUCAGGUCAUGCUCUUUCUCCCCCCUCCUUAUCAAAAAACGUCAAAAACAAAAAAACCAUCGGGUCCAGUAACUUUGUGGCUCUACAUUUAGCACUUACUUAUUAAAGAGUUUAAACGAGACGUGUGAGCGAGGUGCUGGUGCCAGUUAUCCAGUUUGAUCUCUGCAGAGCAGCUAAAGGUGUUUUCAGUUUGGCAGCAUGGUCCUUCAGUGGGAUGAUGUAGUGGAUGAAACUCUGGUCUUAUUAUCAGUCAGCCCCACUUCAUCAUAUACAGUCAUGGAACAUCCAGCUUGUAAUCUGUGACCGUUAUAACAGGACCAACAUUGUGUUGAAUAUAAAACUCUGGGUUAUCGACUUUUCUGUGCUGAUAAUUAUUAGUGCUGUCAGCGUUAAUCUCGUUAAAAUUACGUUAACGCGGCAAAUCUCCGUUAGCGUGGAUCGCCCCGUGCGUGGGGCUGCACGGCGUCAACGGGUUAGUGCCGUCCAGCCCCAACUCCACGCUAAAGAUUUGCCACGUUAAUGCGGUUAUGGCGUUAACGUUGUUUUAACGAGAUUAACGCUGACAGCGCUAAUAAUAACUCAGCUGGGCUACAGUUGUGAUUUUCAUGACUAAUCUCAUCGUGUAACCAAUGAGCUGCUGGCUCGGCCCAAGAAAUUGGAGAGCAACUUAAAAAAAAAGAAAGAAGAAGCACAAACUGGUGUCGCUAAUUAAUCUUCUGUUGAUUGAACUCCUGUGAUUGACCUGGAUGUGCUGCAGUUAUUAACUCUUUGAGGUUAAACUCACCGGGCACACGACAGCUGGAAACGAUCCCAUUGGGCACCCUGUUCUUUAGGGCCUUUACAACUUCUCUUUCAGGUUCCAGCACAGUCUGUGACAUAAACGCAUGCUGAUUGGUCCGAUGGCAAAAUAAUGUUUACCUGCUGGGGUCAACUUUCCCACCUUUUAACUUCCUUUGUUGUCAUGAACACACACAAUCUUCCUGAUCAGAGGCUGCUGUGGUUUUAGGUGCUGCUGUACCUCCUGAUCACACUGCUAACAAACAGGCGCAUCAUCAGAUCAUGGAGACAUUUCCAGUUUGUAAAAGUUGAUCUUCAGCUUAUUUUUAUUACACACCUGAGACUUUCCUAUCAACCAUGUGUAACACAGACCUGAUUCUAAGCUCACAGAAGGAAGGAAAACAUUGAGCUGGGAAGUUUGGAUAAAAUGCUUUUGGAGGAUGUCAAAGGUCAGGUUAGCUGCAUAUGUGUAGCAGUAGUUUGGCUGCGGUAGCUGCAGUUUCUCUGUCACCAUCUUACUCUGAGGGAUCCGUGUUUCAUGCAGGUGCUUACUCCCCACUAGCUUUGCUGUUUGCUGUCUUCCCUGACUGAGUCAGACUCUCACUGAUUGUAUUUCACAGGAAACGUGUUCACUUCAGUCCUGCUGGCAUUCAUUGAUCACUGAAAGCAACAAAUAUUUCUUCCAAUGCCUUGUUUCUGAUAACUGAUGCAUUAGAACACUAAGACGCAGUCACCCCGACACAGCUGCUGGGACUCUCGCACCCCGUUCGUCGAGUGUGUGCUAUACUUGAACAGACUUCUUCCUGGGAGAUUCAAAGAACAUUCAGCACAGUUCAACAAAAGAGUGGAUUCUCUUACAGCCGUGUAACGCAGCCCAAAUUUAUGUUUCACACUCUUUUCCUCAUAGUUUGAAUCAAAGAUGCCAACUGAAUCACAUUUCAUUCAUCGGACACAUGAAUUAUAGAUAAUGCUCCUAUUUUGAAAUUAAAGAACCUUAAGAAGUUUUUUUGUUUCCUUUUUAUUUUUUUUAAUAAACUUCCAUAAUUGAAUUUUUCUAAGCUAUGGGGCCUAGUGUUGGAGACCUGUUAGUCAGCUGAUGCAUCAAAAAUCCACGGCCGGGUUGCUGCUUCCUGUUUGUGCUUCAAACUUACAAAGACCUGGAUUUUGUCUUCAGUCCAUCAACUGCUCGAUUUUCUUUUGUAGCUCCAAAAUGUGUAUUUAAAAUAUGAAGAAAUCAAAUUCAUUCCAUGAUCAGGUUCUUAAAAUGAGAGUAGAGAGUAAAAUUCUAGCACACUCGACCACCACCUGUGUUUUUGCCCCAUAAAGUUCCCGACCUUCAAACAGCGUGAUGAUAACACGAGAUGCAACUAACUGCUUCUAUUGAAUUCCUGCUGCUAUGACGAUGUUACUGUCAGUCACAGCAGUGAUAUUUUCAGCAGUGUAUCUUUGAUUGGCUCAGAGCAUUGACACCACACUACACUGUGCACUACACUUGACAGUUAUUGAUAGUGAUACGCUGCUAACAGGAAGCUAGCUUCACUUAGCAGCAACACUUACAAGCUUUGUGUAACUGUUAACAUAGUCAGCAUAGUUUUCUGGUUGCCUGGCAACCAUAAUGGUAGGAAACUUCAACAAGGUGCAGUAAAUGGAUAAUAUUAAUGUGCGCACAUAGCUCCUGUACAACCGUAAUAAGUGUUUGCCCAUAAGAACGUAGCCACUGAGCCACCACACAGAGAUGGAGUUUGGAAAUUAUUAUUAUUAUUUUUUUUUUUUAAGCAUAAAAUGCAAAAGUGGUGUCAGGGCACCUGUUAGGCAGCUAAGCCCCUAACUCAGCCUCACCAGUAGACCCCUGGGAUGAGCUAUGUUGUCAUGGAGGAAAGUGUCCAUAGAGGCCAGAGCUUUUCAGUGCUGUAGAGAUGAACAAUGGCGGGUGUGUGGAGGCAGCCUCCAAACAACUACAUUUUAUUGGCAGUUCUUCAUUGAAUUGAUGCUUCAGGCCUGAAAGUUGAUGUUUGGCUUUACAGAUUAAACAAACAAGACAAAGUUUUCAUCAUUUCGUCUUUGAGAGUUUGGACAGACCAGCCGAGCUGCUGCUUCCCUCCACACUUUGUGUCAGCUGUUCUUUAACUAUGUAUGGUUUGUAACAAAUGGCCUACUGUGUAUGUGGUCACGUUAAUGAACAAACAGAGGUGUGAUCCUGUGAGCUUCUGACAUCAACACACCACCUACAAAUCUCACAUGUGUGGAAUUUGUAUCCAGUUAUUUCAGCCAAGACACCUCACUGUUCACCCUUUUAUUCCUUCUAUAAAACCUUUCCCAGGA